UGGGUUUAACAUAAGUUAUAUUUAAGUUUUUUUUAAUUUCAAUUUUAAGUUGUCCGAAGAUUUUUAAUUUUUAAUUUUAUGUUCAAAAGCUUUUGGUUUUUUCAUUAAACAUUUAUAAUAUAUUGUUCUUUUAAUUUUUUUAAAAGUUUUCCGAAGUUAAAUUAUAUAUAUAUUUUAUAUGUGUAAACAAAAGGAAUUUUUUAGACCUUUUUAUAUUAUAUUCUAAUUUUUAAAAAAAGUGUUUGUUUUGUUAUAAUUAUAGAAAAAUACUAAAUUUGAACUACAAUUUACAGUGCCAAACCGAAUUAAUUUUUUUGGCUAAUAAACUGUCAUUCGUGGUUCGUGUAUAUUGUAAGUAGGCAAGUAGCAUGUUACUAGAUAUUUUUACUCUGCGAUGAAAAUUGAGAAAUAAAUAAGUUUAUUGGCAUAGUUCGGUGGAAAAUACCAAGUAGCUGCCAUGUUACAUUUUGUUACCAAGGAAUUUCAUUAAAUUUUUUUUUUUGUUUUCAUUUUUGAUUUGUGGCAAUAAACAAAACGUUACGAAAAUUGGUUGGAAAAAUGUUGUACACAACCCAAACACGAAUCCAUUUUAAAAUAUUGGACUGUUGGAGUAUUUAUUUUGUACUUGGAUAAAUAAAAUAUUAGAAGUAGGAUCUGUGUCAUUCUGUGGUAUAGUGACAUUAUGACUUGUGAGUUAUAAGACAAUUAUUAAUAUAGCCUAUAGGCAAGUAGGCAACAUAAAUCAAUUUAAGUUUUGCCUUAGCGGUAGAUCGCAUACGGCAUGAUGGCAGGCUGGCGCUGCUGAAUGGCCUGAAUGCUGAUUUGUAUCGCUUAAGCCUUGGUUUCCUACAAUCACGCGUGCGUGAUUGCGCGGUGCGUGAUGCGUGAUCGCGCAAAAGUUGAAACCACGAAAAACUAUGUAAGUGUUUAUUAAUAAUUCACGCGCGUGAAUAUUCGCGCGCGCGAUUGUCGAUCACGCACUCCAGUCACGCAGCUGUCGCCACGAAGUCAACUUCUGCGUGAAACGCAUUGCGGGAUUUCAUUUAUUUUAAUAUAUUAUUUAAUUAUUAUUUAAUAUAAUAUUAUUGUAUUAUAUGUUUUAUUUGAUUUUAUCAAUAUCAAGUCAAAUCAAACGGCAGGUAGAAGUAAGUAAGAAUAAUUUUCAAAUAUAAGCUGCUAUAUAAAUAACAAAUAAUUUUUUUUUUGUAAAUUAUUACAAUUUUCAAUGUUUUUUUUUAAAUUAGUUUUGGUGAACUAUGGAGUCGAGGGCAUUUAAUGUUAUGGAUGACGAAAAACUCAUAGAAGUUGUUCGUAAUUAUCCUGUAAUUUAUAAAUUGAGUGACAAAAAUUAUAAGGAUAAUUGCAUUAAAGAUAAUGUUUGGAAAGAAAUUUCACAGUCUAUUGGAAAAAACGUAAAUGAUUGUAAGACAAGAUGGCGCACAAUAAGAGAUUCAUAUAAAAAAAAUUUAAAGAAACGAAGAUUAGGUACCGGUUCAGCAGCUACAACAAAAUCGAAGUACAAUGACGAUUCAUUAAGUUUUUUAGAUAACAUCGAAAACGAAAGAAGAACUACAUCGAACAUUUCAGUAGAAAAAAAAGCCUGCAAUGACAACACAAACUACUCAGAAAUGGCCGUAAAUGAUAGUUUUGACCAAACUGAAGAAAUCGAGCCAGAGAAGGAACUGUUACUUAAAAGUUCUGAACCAUUAUUAGAUAUGCCCAUUGAUGACAAACUACCAAAUACAGAAAUAAACCAUAGUUUGAUAGAUUCAUUUACAAAACCGUGCGAAAAAAAAACAACACGAAGAGCUCAAGAUAAAAUAUUAGAUGAAAUUAAAAAAGGACGAGAGGAGCGAUUGGCAGCGUUAAGAGAAAUGAAACAACAAGAAUCUAUUGAUCCAAUUCAAACUUUUUUUAAAAGUAUGGCGUCAACGGUUUCAAUGUUUCCUCCAGAAUCAGUUGUGGAAGCCAAAAUGAGGAUAUUUAACAUUGUUUCCGAAAUGGAAUUACGCUUAUUAAAAACAAAGGCUACCACGAGUACACCACCUGUAGAAACAAUGACAUCAACAUCAACAUUUUCAUCGAAUCUGCAAGUUCCUACAAUACUUGCCGAUGAAUCUUCGUGUUCCACUACGAUGUCAAGUGUUUCGGACAUUUCAAAUCCUACUCCAUCUGCGAAGUCCAAUUUUUUUUAUUUAAAAUAUCUCGAAGAAUAUUAAUUUUUUUAUUUUUAUUAAGCAAGUUUAACAUUUUUCAUGCACAGUUUUAUUUUAUUUUAUUUUGAAAAAAAAUUAUUUUUUGAUAUUUUAUAGUUUGAAAAUUACCAGAUUGGUACGAAGUUAGUAUAUAUAUUAUUUUAUUUUAUUAAAAUGAAAUCUCCAUAUAACA